GAGGGAAUCCCUUGCCUUGAAGAGCCUUUAUAUAAUACAUCAUAGCUAUGGAAGCAGAGUACAGUUGUUUGCGUGAUAAAUUUUUAUGUGCCACUCAAUCAUACAUUGAUGAUAAAAUAUUGAAUGAACUUAAAAAAUAUUAUGAACAUUGUAUAAACUCAAAACGCAAAUUAAGCCAGAUUAGUAAUUUGAGGGCAUUAUUGAAAAUAUUAGAGAAACGAGAUGCACUUAGUUAUAGUAAUGUGGAACCACUUGUUUACAUUUCAAAUCAUUUUUUAAAUGACCCUCUUCUACAGACUAAAAUAGAAGAUUAUAAAUUCCGACUUCAAAAUUCAUAUUACCCAUUACUUUGUAAUAUGUAUCAACACACAAAUGAAGCAAAAAAUGAAGAUACAAAAGAAUUGUUAAAUGAAACUGAAAAUUGUACAUUGGAAUCAAAAGAGCAAUCUGUUGAAUCUGAAUGUAAAUUGGCAUCACAAAAAUAUGUAACAAAUUCUAAAAUUUAUUCUAAUCAAGAAACAAUGCUACAACAUACAGUGUUAUUAAAAAUCAGUGAGAGAAUUGGACGUUCUUGGAGAGAUACUGUUAGGUAUUUAGGUAUUCCCGAAUCCCAAAUUGAUAUUAUUCAAACUAAAUAUCCAAUUGAUAUGAAAGAACAAAGUUACGAAGCUUUAAAACUGUGUUUAUCCCAGUAUACUACUGACAAUUGGAAAUUAAAUUUAUUACAUGCUUUAGAGCACGCUAGACGCAGAGAUCUUAAAGAACUUGCUGAAAAAUUAAUAAUGUGCUCAAAAAUUGAAUAAUUUGCUGGCAAAAUAAUAUAACCUCUG